AUGGUACUGAAAGACAGUGCGUACAUUUUCUACACAUUCUCAAAUUGCAUGAAUGACCUGGAAUUCCUGCAGAUGAUGUGCAAUGAGUUCUCGCUGCAUUUGUAUGUAGAAGAAAACAGAAAGACAGCCAAUUACAUGAUAAGCGGGAAGACAUUUGUAAUUGAUAUUUUCUAUGAGCGCGAAGAAGAAAUCCAUACAGAAGAAGGAGAGGAUGCGCAGAGCAUUGGAAGUAGUGUUGUGCAGAUAGGAAAGGAGAGAGUAGAAACAGUGUCCCAGAGAAUAAAGAAGGUUGGAAUAUCCCUUUUAGAGGAAGAAUGGUCAGCAUAUUUCACAAUCUGCACAUUUUCAAUCAUGUUUCAUCUAAAGAACAAAGAUUACUACAGCACAUACAAGCUAAUACAGAAUGUCAUACAGUAUGAUAGCGAAGAAGACCAGAGUGGUUUUGCACUGAUCAUUAAAAGGCUGAAGGCCCUGGAGGAAAAGGGGGUUAGCCCACUAGAGUACUCUUUUCUGCACCAUAAGCCAGUUAUGCGACACAUAAUAAAUAGCACAGGCAGGCUAUACACCUCCUUAGGAGUGUUUUCCUGGAUAGAAGAUGACAGCACACAAAAACUCUAUAAUUUAACUGAUUUAAGAGAGAUUCCUUUGAAUAGCACAGUAAUUGACAUAAUCAUUGAAAUGUUUAUAUACGGUGUUAAAAUAACUAUUGGAAAGGGGGUUGUUGUAAAUGCAUAUGUAGAUAGCAAUUGUUUCCAGGUUGAGGUAGGUGAGGAUGGGUAUGUUCUAGUAAAUAACGAAAUAGACAGAUAUAGAACACUUCUUCUUAAAAGAACAAACUCAUUAUACCAUGUGCUAUGCGAGACAGGAUUAGAGGUUGAAUACAUAGUCUAG